UUCAAUCCGUGUUCACAUCAUCCAAUCUAUUAAUAUGAGUGCCACAAACAGAGAGACCCCUGCGGAUCCCAGUGAGUCUAACAAUGAUGAAUAUUCAUCAGAUGACGACAACAAUAGGAUAAGUAAAAAUGGAGAAGAAUUACCUGAAAAGGGGGAACCGCUAACAAUCACCAUACAGUUAAAAAGCAUUAUUUUUAAAAUAUUCGAGGAGAAGUUCCAAGAUCUACCACAUAAAGUUAACGAUUUAGUAAAGGAACAGCAAAAUGUUAUCGAAAGGGUUACUAAAACAGAAGAAAAAUGGGGAAAGUCCAUUCAAGAUUUAGAAAAGAGACAGGAAGAUGUCGCAAAGGUUACCGAAGACUUAAGAAAGAAACAAGAAGAAGUUGUUGGAUUUGUUAACCAAAUGGGAAAUCGAUGCCAAAACUCCGUUCAAAAUUUAGAAAAGAAACAACAAGACGUUGGCGAAAUGUUAAACGAAGCAAAAGAACAAUGGGAAACCUCAAUUCAACAAUUAAAAAAGAAACAGGAAGAUGUUGUCGCAAAGGUUACCGAAGCAGAAGGAAAUUGGGAAAAAUCCAUUCAAGAUUUAGAAAAGAAACAGGAAGGUAUUGUCGCAAAGGUUACCAAAGUAGAAGAAAAAUGGCAAAAAUCAGUUCAACCUUUAUUAAAGAGGCAACAAGAUGUUGGCGAAACGUUAAAAGAAGCAAAAGAACAAUGGGAAACCUCUAUUCAAGAUUUGGAAAAGAAACAGGAAGAUGUUGUCACAAAGGUUACCGAAGACUUAGAAAAGAAACAAGAAGAAGUUGUUGGAUUUGUUACCCAAAUGGAAAAUCGAUGCCAAAACUCCGUUCAAAAUUUAGAAAAGAAACAACAAGACGUUGGCAAAAUGUUACACGAAGCAAAAGAACAAUGGGAAACCUCAAUUCAACAAUUAAAAAAGAAACAGGAAGAUGUUGACGAAUGGGUUACCCAAGUUGAUAAAAAAUGGGAAAAGUUAGUUCAAGAUUUAGAAAAGAAACAGGAAGAUGUUGUCGCAAAGGUUACCGAAGACUUAGAAAAGAAACAAACAUUAAUAAUAAUAAAGAAUGUAGGCAUGCGCAGGUUUCAUUGGGUGUUAGGAGGAUCACUUUUCAUCCUUCUCCUUGCUAUGGUGAUUUAUAUGGAACUCCGCAAGUGUAAUUAUUACUAACACUGCAUGUAUUUAUUGUUAAAAUUUUAUUUAUCAAUUAAUAUAUUAUUUAUUUUGAAUUUUA